AUAUCCUAGUCCGACAGUCCCUGUUUCGUCUUUGUUUCCUCCUUUCCAGUUGCCUUGGUUCGCAGGAGAAAUUGUUUCUGCCCUUUGCCUUGACUGGAUUUAUUCCACUCCUCAGGUUGUGCAAAAUCAUUGCACACCCGGUUUAGCAAGUCCAAUGGUGCGCAUCUUCAUCUCUUAGCAUGCCUGAUGCUUGGGCAAACCCUUGGUCUGGUUGUUGAGUCAAGCCCCAAGCCAGCAAUCAAGAUUUGGGACGUCAAAAGGGAAAGUUGCUUGCAUGACGGAGGACAGAACGCAUCAACCUCGAGCCAUCUAUGGGCCAAAGCCGUCCUUGCGGACUUCAGAAACUAUAGUGUUUUGCUUUGCACACGAAACUCUUUUUUGGAGCUCUGGGAUUUGCGACGGCUUGCAAGCCCUUUGGCUGUGAGUGGACGUGAUGUCGGGGGAAGUCCAAGGGCUUUGCGGGCAUCGUUUGGUGUUGGUUCUGGCUUGGCACUAUCAGCUUCUCCAGAUGGCCUGCUACAUUUGGUCAAUCUGGAUGGGAGUUCAGGAAGGCUAAAUAUUGCCAAAACAUUGCCUGGGCACAGAGAAGAAGUGGUGUCAGCCAACGUUUAUUGGGGAGACCAUGCCUAUCCAUAUGUAAAGGCAGCAACAAUUUCUCUGCAGCAGGAUGUAUUGUUUUGGGAAGUGCCAUGGUACAAAUUGAAGCAGGAGCAAAUUUCCAAAGAAGUUUCCAAAGAACGUCCCAAAACACGGCUUGAAGAAGUACAAGAUCUUCAAGACAUAUUCUGGCAGCCAAGAUGCCUUCCGAAAGGGUACCAAUACCGAACCCGUAUGGUGGCUUAUCGAAGCCAGGCCCAGUACAGAGAGCGCUGUGCAUUGACGGGAUCGCUUGGUGGAACAAUCUACUCUUGGGAGAUGCAUGAAAAUAAUCACGAUAUUAUGUUUGAAGCAGGGCGAUUUGAGGGACAUACCGAUCAAAUUUCUACACUUUCAGUUGAUUGGAAGAAUGGCUGUGCAUUGAGCGGAUCAUGUGAUGCAACUUUGCGGCUUUGGAAUCUCAGCACCCAACAUUGCGAACGAGUGCUGCUUGGUCACUGCAGUUCUAUUCGAACAGCAGUUGUUGACUGGACAGUGAAUAGAGCUAUCACCAGUGCAGUUGGCGACGCUGUUCGCGUAUGGGAUCUAAAAUCUGACUGCGAACCAGACUUGCUGAACACGCAAGACUGCAUCACAGAAUCUCUGGCUGCAUUCUCCACUGCAUCAGCUGCCUUCAUUGAUCGAAGUGGUACAGCAGAAUUUUGGGAUUUGGAAAGGCAAACUUGUACCACCAAAUUUGAUGGUCAUCCAGGAACUUUAUACUAUUUGCACUUUGGCAUCUCCGAGUCUGAAGAGAUACUUCCAGAUCUUCCAGGACAUCCAGGACUCUCAGAAUACUCUGAAGCAAAGAUGCAUCGCCGAGAAGAAACGUGCGAAGUAGAUUUCAAGUGGCCAUUGGCACCCACAGAUGUGCUGGCAAGUUCUUGUGGAGAAUGGUGGUCUCGCUCUACCUUUUGAAUCUUUCGAUUUGUGAUACCUUUCUGUUACACAACAGACUACGGGCUGGCUGUUUGAGAACGAGACGUGGACAGCCUUUAGCUUAUUCUACUUCCAGUUAAGAUUUGCAAGUGAAAAUUGCAUCAAUUGUGACGCGCAGAACAUGCUCGACAUAUGGUAUAGAAUCAUGAAGACAGUUGAACGCAUGGAGUGCAAAGACCGGAGACGAGGCAACCACACAACAUAGUGGCAGUUUGUCUUCUUCGCCAAGGUGGUGUUUCCAUUCAUGGAGACCACAGUCAGUCCGUAUGGAAAGUGCAGAUGAACGAAUGUGCAGAUUUAUCUGAAGGCCAGACAGAAGAUGUAAUAAAGAGGUUGAAACAGAAACAUGUUGAAACUGGGACCUUGCAUUUUCAAUUUUUUUUUGGUUGCAGUAAUCGCAUUGCUGUCAAACAGACAGCUGGCGUUGCAAUCCUGCUAUGUGCUCAUCAAACAA